AGAUUAGGCCGCCAGUGUCCCCGUCCAUCCCCAGUCUCGGGCCCCAAGAACGCUAUCAUGCCGUGCAAAGCUCCCUGGCACGACAGCUUUCGUGCUUAAGCUUCCUUCAUGCAUUGGUCCUUCGUGUCUAUUGAUGUUUGACCUUCACGUUCGUAUUGCAGGCAUCUGUGCCGUGUCUUGACAUUAGCCGCUCAACUCUCCUGUGAACAUGGUUUGUAUUGGACGAAUGAAGCUCCAAAGAUUCCCCCGACGGUGUGUCUCAUGCAGACCUGCCACUUCGUCAGCCGUUCGAAGAUGCCAGGGUCGAGGAACCUAUAUAGGAUGCGGUGUGACACGCACAACCUCUGCUUCAAGCACAAGCAUCGUUGACCGUUAGACAGUACAACAAGUGAAAGCAUCAACACAACAUACAAUCAAUACUCUUCAGUGUCGGUCAAGGAAUCACCGCAAUGCCUACAGCAAUUAAGAACGUUUGCAUCACCGCCUUUGGUGGCCCAGAAGUCGUCAAAGUUGUGAACUCCUCUCUGCCUGAUCCAGAGCCAAAACAUGUCCAGGUCCAGGUGCUCUACAGUGGCUUCUCAGGGGCAGAUAUCAAUAUGAGACUGGGUCACUAUCCAAUGCAGAAGAAGGCUCCUCUCGUUCCUGGCUAUUGUCACGUCGGCAGGGUCCACGCCAACGGCCCUCAUAGUAAGAAGUUCAACGUUGGCGACUUGGUAGCCUGCCUCACUAUGUACGACUCGGAAGCGACAUUCACCAAUCAACCCGAAAAGUAUUUGAUCUCAGUGCCCGACGGUCUGGAUCUGAAGGUCGCCACCGCCCUGAUCCUCGAUUGGAACACCGCCUACGGCAUGGUCAAAGGGAAUCUUCACAAGGGUGAUAAAGUCUUUGUCCAUGGUAUGAGCGGAGCGGUUGGCUAUGCUCUCAUGAUGCUGGCCAAGCUGGAAGGUGCCGAAGUCUAUGGCACUGCCUCAGGUCGCAAUCACCAGGCCAUUCGUGAACUGGGCGCUACCCCUUUCGAGUACAAAAACAAGGACUGGAUCAAGGCGAUGAAAGACCUGGGCGGCGUUCAAGCUGUGUAUGAUCCAUUGGGCUUCGAGAGCUGGGACGAGUCGUACUCAAUCCUCAGCCACAAAGGCGGACACCUGUAUGGUUAUGGAGGCAAUUUGGCCUCAUUGAACGGCGAGGAACCUCGAUCAAUCAUGUGGCCUACGGUCAAGCUGCUUGCACAGAACCUGAAGUUGUGCCACCGACGGACGACCUUCUACUACAUCACGAAGGAUCAAGCCACUUUCGAACCAAACGUGAAAGAGCUCUUCCAGUUGGCUAAGGAGAAGCGGAUAGAGGUUUCAAUCAAGAAGGUGUGGUCUUUGGAUGAUGUUCCGACGGCUCACAAGGAGUGGACUAGCACGACGGGGAUGGGCUCUGUGAUUGUUGAGGUUUCAUGAUAUAUUUGAGCGUUAUGAAAGUUAGCGAGUGAUAGAAUCAUACCAUAAUGUUUCCUUAGUAAAACAUGAACAACUUGGUCGUUUUGAGAAGCAGCCAAUCCCGUGCGGCUCUGGCCACGCGCAUAGCACUUACUUGCCGGCUCCAAAAUCUCACUCAGUGAAUGCAAAUCUCCC